AUGACUGCAGAAAGAGGAAGUUUCAGCCAUGGAGGAAAAUAUGUGGGCAUGCUGUGUCGUCGAUCCGGCAUCAGUCAAGGCCUCGCGAUGGUGAGAAGACGUGAGACCUUAAGGGUCUCCUCGGCCAACCGAGCCCUAUAUCUACCUGUUCGUGAAAUAAAGUCAAAACCUGCCUUUGUAUUCAGGGGGGGAGGCAACAGUACGGCUCCAUUGGGUGAGAAAUAA